GGAUGGAUGCUCUCACAAACCUGAGAGGAGUCGCUGGAUAUUUGACUACAGGAGUUGACUGGAAAUGGCGCACAAGUCCGUAAUAGCCUGGGGAAAGAUUAUCAACAGUUAAUCGCGAAGUCUUGGGAUAAAAGGCAAAGAACGCGAGUGAGAAUUUUCAGGGAAUACAUGCCACAGGAGAGAAAUAACCCGCAGAUGUUUUAGAUCUACCACAUGUAGUUAUUACAGAAUUGCGCGUUUAAGCCACUUGGAGUCAUAUGGCUGUAAAGUCUUGUGUCUUCACAAAUCUUUGCCCGAAGAAUGCCAUGGCACUUGGGUCCAGCUUGCUUAUAUUCUAUCUUUCGUUUCAUGUGGCCAGUGGUUGGUCGGAUGAUAGAAAAAAUAUUUCAAUGGCAGUAAUGCUGCCUAAUAAUUACACUUUGUACCCCUGGGCUUCACCUAGGGUCUCUCCGGCCAUCUACAUGGCAAAAGAAGCGAUUGAGCGGGAGAGACUUUUGAAUGGAUACACAAUCAACAUUAUGAGCACGACCACUGAAGAUUCGAGUGGAGGAUGCUCUCAGGCGCUAGCCCAAAUCAACGCAGUGGAUAUGAAGCUGUACCAGAACCCGGACGUCUUCGUCGGACCGGGGUGCGUCUACUCCGCUGCCUCGGUGGCCCGGUUUGCCACUCACUGGAAAUUACCUUUGAUCACAGCGUGGGCACCUGCCUAUGGCUUUGCUCAAAAGGACGAGUAUAAGACCACCGUACGGACGGGUCCGUCGACUACCAAACUCGGGGAGUUCGUCAGCAACCUGCAUUCGCAUUUCAAUUGGACCACACGGGCGGUGGUUGUCUACUACGAUAUUAAAACCGACGACCGUCCCUACUACUUCAUCAUUGAGGGUGUUUACAAAACAUUUCAGGACGAGAACAUCAGCGUGUCUUCACAGCCGUAUGAAGAUCAGCAGAAGAACGACUAUAAAGACAUGUUCAAUUUCAUUAAAACCAGUGGAAGAAGCGUCACAGGCCUUGUGAGCACAGACAAGAAUAACGACAGAGAUACAGAUUUUAGUCUCUGGGCCAUGACAGAUCCUAAAACAGGAAUGUAUGAGAAAGUGGCAUAUUACAAUGGAACAAACAAGCAGAUUAUCUGGUCAGAGACAGAGAAAAUCCAGUGGCCAAAAGGCUCACCGCCCCUGGAUAACCCACCUUGUCUCUUUGAUAUGGAUGAUCCCUCCUGUAAAGAAGAUAAUAUGCCACUCAUUGGAAUUGUAGGUUUGGGAACUGGACUUGCCUUUGCCAUUUUUGGGAUUUCUAGUUUCCUCAUUUACAGAAAGCUCAAGUUGGAAAAAGAAUUGGCUAGCAUGCUUUGGCGAAUCCGAUGGGAGGAGCUUCAGUUUGGUAACCACGAAAAAUAUCACCGAAGUGCUGGCAGCAGGCUAACCUUAUCACAGAGAGGAUCCAGCUAUGGCUCCCUGAUAACUGCACAUGGGAAAUACCAGCUUUUUGCCAAAACUGGCUACUUUAAGGGUAAUCUUGUUGCAAUCAAGCACAUAAAUAAAAAAAGGAUUGAACUGACCAGACAAGUGCUGUUUGAACUAAAACAUAUUCGAGACGUUCAGUUCAACCAUUUAACCCGUUUUAUCGGUGCCUGCAUUGACCCACCAAACAUCUGUAUUGUGACUGAAUAUUGUCCUCGUGGAAGUCUGCAGGACAUUCUGGAAAAUGAAAGUAUAAAUCUGGAUUGGAUGUUUCGAUAUUCUCUUAUUAACGACAUUGUAAAGGGGAUGACCUUUUUGCACAACAGCUACAUUGGAUUUCACGGCAAUCUAAAAUCAUCAAACUGUGUUGUCGACAGUCGCUUUGUUCUAAAGAUAACAGAUUAUGGACUGGCAAGUUUCCGGUCUCCCUGUGAAAGUGAAGACACACAUGCAUUGUAUGCCAAAAAACUUUGGACAGCUCCAGAAUUGCUGAGAUAUGGAAGGACACCUCCUGAAGGAACCCAAAAAGGUGACAUCUAUAGCUUUGGAAUAAUCCUGCAAGAGAUUGCACUGAGAAAUGGGCCAUUUUACAUAGAGGGAAUGGAUCUCAGCCCAAAAGAGAUCGUUCAAAAAGUCAGGAAUGGGCAGAAGCCUUAUUUUCGACCAACCAUCGACAUUAAUUUGCAUAGUGAAGAGCUGGCUCUGUUAAUGGAGAGAUGCUGGGCUGAGGAGCCAGCAGAACGUCCAGAUUUCAGUCAAAUUAAAAUAUUCAUCAGGAAAUUUAACAAGGAGGGCUCCACAAGCAUUCUGGACAACCUCCUGUCACGAAUGGAGCAGUAUGCAAACAAUCUAGAGAAGCUGGUAGAAGAGAGAACACAUGCAUAUUUGGAAGAAAAAAGAAAGGCAGAGAACCUGCUCUACCAAAUCCUGCCUCACUCUGUGGCCGAACAGCUAAAGAGAGGUGAAACAGUCCAAGCCGAAGCCUUUGACAGUGUGACCAUUUAUUUUAGCGACAUCGUGGGCUUUACAUCAUUAUCAGCUGAGAGUACGCCUCUACAGGUUGUGACAUUACUAAAUGAUCUCUACACUUGCUUUGAUGCCAUCAUUGACAAUUUUGAUGUUUACAAGGUGGAAACAAUUGGCGACGCAUACAUGGUUGUUUCUGGACUUCCAGUUAGAAAUGGCAAGCUUCAUGCCAGGGAAAUAGCAAGAAUGUCAUUAGCAUUACUUGAAGCAGUGAAGACCUUCCAGAUACAGCACAGAGCCGACGACAAGCUGAGACUGCGGAUAGGAAUCCACACAGGUCCAGUAUGCGCGGGUGUGGUUGGCCUAAAAAUGCCCAGAUAUUGCUUGUUCGGCGAUACCGUCAAUACAGCAUCUCGAAUGGAGUCAAAUGGAGAAGCCUUGAAGAUUCACGUUUCCUCAGCAACAAAAGAGGUUCUGGAUGAGUUUGGUUACUUUGUACUGGAAUUGCGUGGUGAUGUGGAAAUGAAGGGUAAAGGAAAGAUGAGAACGUAUUGGCUUCUGGGUGAAAGACAAGAUGGUGCUGUAAUGUGAGAAGAGUUUGUCAUUGUCGGAAGAUUUUUUUUUUUUUUUUGCAGAAAACAACAGUAGAGUAUUGGUGCAGGCUAAUGUUUAUUUGUUUUAAAAUAAAUCCUGACCGUAUUUGUUAACUGAAAUUGUGAUUACACUUUUUGUAAAAAAAAAAAAAAAUACAUAAAAAUAAAUUAACCUUUUGCCAACAAAGGUAUUUGGGGUAUAUUAUACCUUGUUAAAGCUGCAAAAAUGUAUAAAAUAAUUUUUAUGAAGUCAUUUAUUUCUCAUGAAAGUGAGUACUUUUCAAGGACAAACCCUUAUUUUUUGUGCUUUCUAUAUUAAGAUUUAUAUGAUGUGUUGGGAAAUGAAUAAUGAAUAGAUAUAAUAUUUUUUCCUUGUACAAGCUGUAUAUAUGUUUACCUAAGAUUGCUAAAUAU